ACUCAGUCCUUUUUCCCUACGUGCGAAAAUCGAAAGCAUCCCAAAGUAACGAGUCAUCUACCACUCAAAGAUGGCAGAAAGCCAGGAGAGUCAGAAGAAAAUUACAAUUAAUAUUAAAACGCCAAAGGAGAAACAGAGCGUGGAAAUAGAAGAAAAUGCAUCAAUCAAAGACUUCAAAGAUGCGGUUUCCAAGAAAUUCAAUGCCCAGCCCGAUCAGAUCUGCCUUAUAUUCGCCGGGAAAAUCAUGAAGGACCACGAGACACUCGCCACACACAACGUCAAAGAUGGUUUGACCGUCCACUUGGUCAUCAAGGCUCCUCGGGCGCCCGCCACCCAGACGGAAGCUCCGCCACCCCGGCCCCCCGCCGACGUUAACGCCAGCCCCUUUGGCCUAGGAGGUUUGGGAGGACUUCCUGGUCUUGAAAGCCUUGGAUUGGGCUCGGGCAAUUUUAUGGAAUUGCAGCAACGCAUGCAGCGUGAAUUGUUAUCCAGUCCUGAUAUGAUGCGGCAAGUGCUUGACAAUCCAUUAGUGCAAAGCUUGAUGAAUGAUCCAGAGAACAUGCGGAACUUGGUCACGUCUAAUCCGCAAAUGCAGGAAUUAAUGCAACGCAAUCCAGAGAUAAGCCACAUGCUCAAUAAUCCGGAACUUUUAAGACAAACCAUGGAAUUGGCGCGAAAUCCGUCAAUGCUUCAGGAGCUGAUGCGCUCUCACGAUCGAGCCCUCUCCAACCUGGAAAGUAUCCCCGGUGGUUACAGUGCGUUACGACGAAUGUACAGAGACAUUCAAGAGCCCAUGCUUGCUGCGGCAGCCAAUGAACGGAACCCGUUUGCGGCUCUAGUCGAAUCCAGUCAACCUAUUGAUGCAGCAAAUCCUCAGCAGGGGCAGGAGAAUCGUGACCCUUUGCCAAACCCUUGGAGUCAAGGUCAAACACCACCAGCGGGCCAAGAACAGGGGCCAAAUCCAAAUCCCAUGAGAGGAGGCAUCUUGGGUUCACCUGGAAUGCAGAGUUUGACCGCACAGAUGAUGGAGAAUCCACAGUUGAUGCAAAACAUGUUGAACGCGCCAUACACUCGUGCCAUGCUCGAUGCAAUGAGUGCAGAUCCCGCCAUGGCCUCCAGAAUGAUAUCGACGAAUCCACUGCUUCGAAGGAAUCCUCAAAUGCAGGAACAGAUGCGGGCCAUGAUGCCAGCCUUUUUACGACAGAUGCAAAACCCUCACAUUCAGAGUGUUGUUGGUAAUCCAGAAGCCCUCGCUGCUAUUCGACAAAUACAACAGGGCAUGGAACAACUUCGCACUGUCGCACCUGAACUUGUUGGCAAUAUAGGUCUAAGUGUUCCACCGGUACCCACCACUCCCACGUCUGGUGCCACAGAACAGACCCCGGCUACAGGUCCGCAAACGGAUGCCAAUCAACAGGAUGCAGCAUUUUCCCAAUUCUUGGCUCAUAUGGUAUCGUCAAUGGCGCUACACCAAGGUGCGGAUGGAGUUGGUGGUGGUCAGCAGCUGCCACCUCCUGAAGAACGGUAUAGAGCACAGCUCGAGCAGCUUACUGCAAUGGGUUUUGUGAACAGGGACGCGAACCUUCAAGCGCUAAUCGCAACAUUUGGAGACAUAAACGCAGCUGUUGAGAGACUAUUGGCAAACGGACAACUGUCCAUGAGCUAACCACCAAUCUGUAACCUGAAUAUUUUCAUUAUGAUACCUAGUUUACCCUCUUUACAUCUGUUUGAUCAGAUGAGGCGGCAGACACCCGGCAAUUUCGACAAGAAAAAUUAUGAACCCUCAGUCCUGGCUUUUAGCAGGAUAAUACACGCUCUAAUGACUCGUUCGAUGUGCAUUUUUAUUAUUUUAAUGUCGGAUCGGUGCCCGUUCGAUGUGGCUUACCAAAUCUGGCCAUUUCGAACAAGUUCCGCGCGACGACAACGAUAUUAGGUUUCGAUCGGUCCUUGUCGUCUCAUAUUCUCGUCCGUGUAUUAUUUGAUGUGCUAUAAAAGCUAUAUAAUUGUAACAAUAUAUUUUUUCAGUGCAAAAUUAUUUACAAUGAUUUAGAAAUAUUAUAUUAUAUAUUAUUACAAUAAUUAUUAUAAUAAUAUGAGCUGUUCGAUUUGUCUAAUUGUAGCAUAUGAAAAGCAUUAGGCAUUGUGUUUUCUCAAUUACAAAUUCAUAGAUUUGUAGCAAAGUCAUUGUUGGAUGAAGAUAUAAGGAACCUAUGUAAUAGGUCUGAAAAUAGACAACACAUGUUCACAUUGAAAAAGCCGUUUUCAAAUUAUUCCGCAUUGUAUGAAAAGUGCAUACAUUCAAGUGAAACCUAAUUAUCAGCUAGUUUUUAAGUCGAAAAGGUGAAAGUUAUAAAUUAUCAUUAUCAAAAGGAAAAAAACCAAAAAAGACGAAAAAUAUGAUCAUUUUACCUCCCAUGAUUGACAUAUUACUACUGAAUGAAUAUGCGUACACAUUUAUCGUAUAGGUGUUUAUUAGUCUGGCUCACUCAAGUGAGACAUUCUGUAAAAGCUAUUAUAUAUGAAAUAAAAAUGUGGUUGAUUAAUAAUAAUAAUAAUGAU